GUCUGUAUUGCUUUCACGCAAAAUUGAGCAUUUUCUGCGCAGUUGGUUCUACGCAUGUACGUGUUGAUACAAACUUAUUUCCGGUGAGUGGAUUCCGCAUCUUACUCUGAAAUUCACUGUUUUUUAAAGCCCGUAACAAUGAGUUCUUCGUUUGGAAUUCUACUCGGUGGUUUAUUUGGGCUAGUUGUUGCUGGAUAUAUCGCACAAAGUCGUCUUCCUCCACCAAAGCCGAAAAUAAUCGGCAUUGAUCUUGGGACUACGUACUCUUGUGUUGGGGCAUAUCAAGCUAUUUCAGGUCGAAUAGAUAUCUUCUCCGACGAAAAUGAUGACAAAGUUGUACCAAGUUUAGUUGCAUUUACAGAUAAAGGGGUCUUAGUUGGUGAAAAGGCCCUUUCUCAGGCUGAAAUCAACCCAAAGAACACUAUCUACGAUGCAAAGCGAUUCAUUGGAAAGACGUUCACAAAACAGGAAUUGUUAGAAAUUGGAAAACUUUACCAGUUUAGAGUCACCACAGAUAAACGUGGAAAUGCUGGUUUUUUAGUUGGCAAAAAAGGGAAUUUUACCGUCAUAACACCAGAAGAAAUUGGUGGAUAUGUUAUCAAGAAACUAAGGACAAUGGCUGAGAGAAAUCUAACAACCACAGUCACCAAAGCAGUUAUGUCUGUUCCUGCUGAAUUUGAUAUAAAGCAAAGAAAUGCCACAGUAAAAGCAGCUUCCCUUGCUGGGAUAACUGUGUUACGGGUCAUCAACGAACCUACGGCAGCGGCGCUAGCUUAUGGACUCCACAAAAAGGAAGGCGUGGCUAAUGUGAUGGUUGUCGACUUGGGAGGCGGUACAUUGGAUGUAUCAUUACUUAAUAUCCAGGGUGGCAUGUUUGUUACCAUGGCAAUGGCAGGCAAUAAUCGACUUGGUGGCCAAGAUUUUAAUGCUAGAUUUAUGCAAUACUUACUUCAAUUAAUACAUAAAAGAUUCAAUCGUCAAUUGACUUGCUCCGAAGAUAUUCAGAGGCUCCGACAAGAGGUGGAGGCAGCAAAGAUUAACUUGACAAGGACAAAUGAAGUUACUAUUAAACUCAUGUUGCCCUCUUUAAGUGAAGGGAAGAAAAUUGUCAAGUUUAAAGAAACUAUUUCUCGGAAAAUGUUUGAGACCAUAAAUGAAGAUUUAUUUAAAAAGGUUCUCCAGCCAAUAAGGAGAGUAUUGGCGGAGGUUGAACUCCCUAAAGAAGAAGUUGAUGAAGUGGUGCUUGUUGGUGGGUCUACAAGAGUUCCAAAAAUCAGGCAGUUGAUUCAGGAGUUUUUUGAUGGAAAACCACCAAAUGUAGCAAUAGAUCCUGAACUAGCUGUUGCCACUGGUGUUUCGAUCCAGGCUGGUAUUAUUGGUGGCAUGUGGCCCCUUCAAGUAUCUGCAAUAGAGAUUAAUAAUCAGGUUAAAAAGAUCCAAGUCAAUGAAUAGCAUGGCUGUUUAUUGGGCCUAUUCUGUGAAUACCUAGUGCUCUAUGCAAUUGUUUCCAUACUAAACUUCAGUAGAAAUCACAUAACAUAAAUUGGGAUUCUCGCAUUGAUAGUCAAGACACUUCCCCUUAAAAAUCCUAUAAAAUUACCUCAUGUUUAUCACAUGUGACAGACACAAAUGAGUUGCCCAAAAUAUUCAGACUACUGAUUAGUCUUCUGCACAGCCAUCCUUUUUGUCGGUCCUGCGUGGGAGACUAACUAUGUAUGUGAUCACUACUGUAUCAACAUAAUAUUUAUUUAUUUAUUUAUUUAUUUUUGCAUUGGAGCAAGGUCACCACAACGAUAAAACAAAGGCCGGGAUGGCCUAGUAUACAUGGAAGCUUAAAUAAAAUAAUUAUUGACAGCCAUAACUAUUUUGUUCAAACCCAAAUAUUUUUUCUUUGAAAUUACACUUCAAACCUUUCUGUGGACUUAUUACAAACAAUUUUAAUUCACAACACUCUAACAUCAUUUUAGGGAAUUUAAAUAAAACAAUUCUUGCCUUACUUAUAAUUUCUUAAUAAACUAUUUUACCUGAUCUCAAAA